AUGGACGACAUUCUUUUAGCAAGGCUUAGGCUCAUUAAUGACAAACUCACAACAGACUUAGAAGUAAUUCCGGUUACUGUUAAUUUAGAAAAUUUAGUGCAAGCUCAGAUUACCUACGGUAAAUUAGAAGCAUCACUGAAAAGACUUAACGGAGAUCUGACGGAGUACUUUAGGCUGGCUUCGACACCCGCAUCGGAUGAAAUCUGCUUGAUAAGUGGACUUCAACUUCAAGCAGAAGAGACUUUAGCGGAACUUAAGGUGAAGAUCGACCAAAUAUCUACAUCAAGCAAACCAUCAGAGAAGCUGACUGAAGCGAACUCCUCGUGCAGACUUCCUAAGCUUCAGCUGCCGGUGUAUAAUGGGGAUGUACUGGCGUGGUAUGAAUUUUGGGAUGCCUUCAGAAGCAACAUCGAUGCAAGGAACCUGCCGGAAGUGGACAAGCUUUCAUAUCUUAAGACUUCAGUCAAGGGAGAUGCCAAAAAAGCCAUUGACGGUCUAGCGACUACUAGCACCAACUAUGCUAUUGCGGUUUCAAUACUGAAAGAAAGGUUCGGGAAAACUUCACAUCUCAUAGAUGCGCAUUAUGCCACAUUAUAUAAAAUUAAGAUGGCCAAAGGCAAUGCGGAUGAUUGCAGAAGGACUUUCAACGAGAUUGAAAGGAACCUUAAGAUUUUAGAAUCACUAGGUGAGAACAUUAAUCAUAAUCACCUGCGCUUCAUGCUACUAGAGAAGUUUCCUUCUGAUCUAGUAUAUGAGAUAAAACUUAAAGUUAAGGAUGAUUCCAUUCAAGAACUGAGAAGCCAAAUGGACAAAAUAAUCACUGCCAAGGAGGAUGCGGAGAGGAUAUCGAGUAGGAAACGCCCUCUGGACUCAGAAGCUAGUACGGUCGGGAUUCUUCAUGUGAAUGCGAAACGCGCGAGAUACGCAAGUCAGUCCCAACUACAUCACAGUAAACAGAGUAAACAAAACCAGCAGAGAGACUUCGAUAAGCGACCUGUACAGAAGAAGUUUAAGGGUUUCAAGAAAAAUAGCAAUAGAGGCAACAGACCAAACCAAGCUUCAACUUCAAGCAAGGAUCAGACAGAAACUCAGCGAAGUCCUCAAGAGGUCAGGAAGAGAUUGGAUUGUAUAUUUUGCAAAGGGGGCCAUUAUAACGAUAGCUGCCCUGAAGCAUCUACUUUAGCCGAAAGGAAGAAACGACUUGAAGGACGAUGCUUCAUCUGUUUCAAGCAGAAUCACUUGGCAAAAGACUGUAAGAAAGGAUACAACGGAGAAGAAACAGUCCUGACUGUUCUAGAAGAGGGAAUCACUGCACUCCAAACGGCAACAGUUUAUGCAAGCCCCCUAGAUAAUAAGAACAAACUAUUUAAAUAUAGACUUCUCUUAGAUCCAGGUUCCCAACGCUCUUAUGUAACAUUCCGGACUGCAAAGGAACUAAAGCUUCCCGUCGAAGAAGAGAGUCAUCUAGUAGUAUUCACCUUCGGCGACGAUCCUCCCAGAGAGAUACAUAGCCCAAUAGUCACUCUUCAUCUACUAUCUAGAACAAACAAGAACAUAGUAAUACAGGCUAACUGCGUAGAGCAUAUCUCCAGAGGUUAUAUACCUAAUGUCAAGAUGAAGAACUUACCGGAGUCAUAUACACUAGCGGACGACGGGUCGCUGAGCGGACCUGUACAGAUCUUGGUUGGAAACGAAUAUUACUGCAACAUAACUUACGAGAAAAGGGUACAACUGGAUAGCAAUUUGUUUCUAAUCGACUCUGCACUUGGUUGGAUAAUUAGUGGUAGAGCAGAACCACAGCUUAGAGACGAGUCGUACGUAGUGACUUACACUCAGACUUGCAUUGAAACGAAGCUUCAUCAGCCAGAUCCACCUCUUUGUAAUGGAGACAUAAAGAGCCUUUGGGAACUAGAAUGUAUAGGUAUUAGUGAUUCCCCAAGAGCAACUAGAGAAGAAGAAGCCAUCAAAGGACCACUCAUGCUAGAAGACCUCACGGGCUUACUUAUAAAAUUUAGAACUCAUAGGAUAGGUUUAACCUCGGAUAUAGAAAAGGCGUUUUUACAGAUGGCGUUACACGAGAAGGAUCGUGAUGUAACUAGAUUCUUGUGGCUCAAAGAUACCUCUAAACCGGUAUCUCAAGACAACCUACUGUACCUUAGGUUUUGUAGAGUUCCAUUUGGCGUCAUUUCAUCACCGUUUUUGCUUAAUGCGACUAUUAAGCACCACCUGUCCAACGCAGAAGAUCAGCAAGUCAGACAGAAAGCAAACGACAUAUAUGUGGAUAACUUUGUUUCGGGUACUGACACUACGGAUGAGGCGAUGAAACUCUACAGAAAUCUAAAGGGAUCUUUUCAAGAUAUUUCAAUGUCACUCAGGGAUUGGAGUUCAAAUUCUAAAGAAUUUAUGAAGAAAGUCUCUGAUACAUGUAAAGAAGAUAAAGUAAAGGUACUUGGCUUAGAAUGGGACAUCAAAAGGGAUACUCUUCAGUUGAAACCUAACUUACAAGAAGAAGCUGUCACAAAAAGAGGAAUACUGAAGACUAUUGCAUCAAUCUACGAUCCAUGUGGUUAUGCAGUACCCUAUACCCUAUCAUCUAAACUAUUUUUACAAGAGCUUUGGAAAGCUGGAGUGUCAUGGGACUCACCAUUAUCGAGCGAACUAACGGAAGAAUGGAACAAGAUCCGACAGAAUUUAGAAGCCAUUAGGAAGGUGUCGGUGGACAGAUGCUACAUGAAGACACCAGUGGGAAAAGGCUACCAACUACACUGUUUCACCGAUGCCUCUCUACAGGCUUAUGCAGCAUCAGUCUUUUUAGUCUGCGGCUCGGAGAAAAGCUUCAUUAUUGGUAAAUCUCGGCUGAUACCAAUAAAGGACCAGGAGAGUCUCAAGAUACCUCGUCUUGAACUUUUAGGAGUACUGAUUGGCAGUAGACUGAUAAAGUUCGUUCUUAAGUUUCUCCAGCAGAAGAUAGUAAGACAAGUCUUAUGGACUGACAGCCAGAUCGUCAUAGAAUGGUGCAAAUCUGACAAGCUAUUGCCACCCUUCGUUGCCAGGCGGAUAGAAGAGAUCAAAACAAAUAAAGAUCUGGAGAUCAGAUACCUUCCAACAGAGCUAAAUCCAGCUGACGUCGGCACCAGACCCACCUGCUCGAGAGAGGACAGGGAGAAAUGGCUGAGUGGUCCACAAUUUAUAGUUCAAGAUCCGAAGACGUGGCCAACAACUUCAGGCGGUGGACCAACCAGUUCUCUCUUGAUUGGGGAGGGUCUUGGGAUCCAAGAAGACGAAGAACUGAUGGAAAUAGUUGAUCCGGAUAUACACAACGUUAGUCCGAUGGAAACGGAGGACAGUAUAACUGAAAGGGAAGUAGCGAGUCAUGACAAUGAUCAAAUGCCAGAUAAGUUACUAAAAUUGAAAGAAAUUCAAGCCGAAUACUUUCCUCUAGAGGUAGAAGGAAAGGUAACUAGUUUAAGUUUGAAUUUAGGCAUAUUUAAAGACAUAGAUGAGUUACUAAGGUGUAAAGGUCGUAUGAAACACGCAGACUGGACAUUCGAUAAACGCUACCCUAUACUUAUACCAAAAGAUUCAGAUUUCACCAACGAAAUCAUAAUGAAGACUCAUCAAGAAAAUAAGCAUGUUGGAGUAAGUCACACGUUAGACAAGAUAAGGGAAACUUACUGGAUACCACAAGGAAGAAGCCAAGUUCAAAAGAUUUUGAAGAAGUGCUCCGAAUGUAUGAAGCAUGACGGAGGGCCAUAUAAACUACCAGAAACUCCUGCGUUACCGAAAGAGAGGGUCAAUUAUAGCUCACCAUUCACAUACGUUGGUACCGACUAUCUGGGACCACUUCUAGUCAACAAUGGGAAUGGCAAUUGUAAAAGGUGGAUUAGCCUCUACACAUGCUUAGCCGUAAGAGCCAUUCACUUAGAAGUUGUAAAGGACCUAACUGCGGAAGAAGGUUUAAUGGCCUUACGUAGAAUGAUUUCAGCAAGAGGUGUACCUACCUUAAUAACGUCUGAUAAUGCGGCUCACUACAAGUUACUCUCAGAGAUUCUUCAGAACCCAUACUGCGUAGAGAAAGAGAUAAGAUGGAAAUUUAUACCACAGUUAGCACCAUGGCAUGGAGGAUUCUAUGAGAGAUUAGUUGGUUUGGUUAAAAACUGUAUGAAGAAAACAUUACAGAAACAUUUGUUGAAUGACACUCAGCUAGUAACAGCGGUGAAAGAAAUAGAAGCAGUUCUUAACACAAGACCCUUAACUUACGUAGAUUCAGAGCCGGAUCAUGUACUAAAACCUUCAGACUUUCUUACUAUGGGAAAGUGUAUCAUUAUGGAAACUUCAGAUAAGGAUCCUACGACGUCGCAAGGGACGGUGACUAAGGACAAUUUAAUUAAAGGUUGGAAGAAAGCACGGAUAAUUCUACGAGAAUUUAAAGAGAUGUUUGAGAACAGGUAUCUCCUAAAUUUGAGAGAAAGAUAUUCCCACCAUCCUAAAGAACCUAGAGUAACAUCAAAGUUAGCACCUCAGAUAGGUCAAAUCGUGCAGAUUAAAGGUGACACGAAGAACAGGAUAAAUUGGAAAGUUGGGAAAAUAGUAUCUUUAAAGGAAGGCGCCGACGGUUUAUGUAGGGUCGCCACGGUACGAGUAGGAGAUACAGAGUAUACAAGAUCUAUCGCACAUCUCUACCCGUUAGAGAUCGAAGAUGGAGAAGAACAGUGUAAACAAACAUCAUCUUAUGAAGAAAGUGUAGAAGAACCGGUGCAGAUUCCUGAUCUUCAACGUCCACCAGACAAGGAUGACGUGACGAUGGAAUCCCUCAAAGACGUUACUGAGCCUCCACCUGCGCAAAUAUCCACUCAAGAAGUAAGAGAUCAACCAGAAGAAGUACAGCCUCAUGCCUCGCCAGAAGAGGAACCGUGUUCCUCUAAACAAACAGUUGAGUCUAUAUCUAGUGAGUUAAACGAGCCUAAGCCUAAGUCUAUGUCCGAACCAGAACCACUCGCGGUCGUCGACCUCGAGUUUUACGACCACACUGUUCCCGAGUCACACCACCUAGAGGAAGUUGCGCCAGAAGAACAACACGACGAAGCAAGACCUAAGAGAGCGGCAGCUCUCAGAGCCCUUGAGAAGAUCAAGGAAUGGACCAGCAAUCUAGUCGCCGUGUUGCUGCCUGAGGCGGGGUGUGUCGUGACAAGCACGAAUAUCUAAUGUCACAAUACAAAUUUCCUAGCGGCAACACUGAACAGCGCCCUCUGAGUGGAACUGUGAUCUCGGGGUCAAACAACCAGCCACCAUAAAGUAAAGCGAAGCAGACUGAGGCUCCUCUGGCCCAAGAGAAGUGGAUCAGAGAGAGCGAGGAUAAAGAAUCCUUCAUGGGAGAUGAAGGUAUGUAUGCCAAGCAUUCUGUUAC